GGAUUGAAGGAGAUUGGGAACCUGGCGAGCUGGACCGUCAGCAGCUGUAAACCUGGGUGUGGUAUUGAGGCAUUGAGGGACGAAGAUACAGGGCUGUUUUGGCAAUCUGACGGCCCUCAACCCCAUCACUUAAACAUCCACUUCUCGCGGCUCGUCUCCAUUGUCUCAAUACGCAUCUUCCUCGAUUUCGAAGCCGACGAAUCGUACACCCCAACACGCAUCACCCUUCUAGCUGGCACAGGCUACCACGACCUAAUACCUUUCUCUGCCCUCGAGUUUGCACAACCGAAAGGCUGGAUCGACGUCCCGCUCGACCAUGUAGGAGGCGGUGAGGAUGGCAAAACACUCAGGGCAUUCCUUGUCCAGGUCAGAGUUGUAGAGAAUCAUCAAAAUGGAAAAGAUACACAUGUCAGGGGUUUGAAGGUUUAU